UUAAGGUCUGCUAUAGUGUGGCCAGGGAGGUUGAAGUGUUCUCCUACAGGUUUUCGAAUAUUGCCAUUCCUAAUAUCUGACACAUGCUUUUACAGAUCCAGACUGACCCGGCUACCCCUCUGAUACUUAGGAUAGUGGGUUUGCUCAAGCUGGGAGAAGAUGUUUUCUCCUCUUACCUGAAAGGAGAGAGAAAGCAGUGAGAGUGGACAUUCCCCAAGUAGACUAAAGAAACAGAGGUAUUGCUGGUGUGUCAUACAAACUAGAGAGAGAGACAGGAAGUUUUGGACAGGAGAAUGGAAGGGGAUGGUAAGUUCAAGGUCAGAAAAGGUGAGUUGAGGAGGGAUGGCUCCAUGUUUCAAAAAACAGGCUAUGCGCUGCAGCUAGAAGGACUCUGAUCCCAACCCAAAGAAUGCUCUGCAGUGGUGAGAUAACCAAGACAGGGAGAUUAAUGUAUGGUUUAUUUUUUUGUAUGCAUCUGUAUUUCUCAUGUGAUUAAGUAAAGAGCAAUGAUUUUAGAAUGCCAUGCAAAGUAUCUGUGCAUUUCAUGUGUUACACCUACUGUGUAGCCAUUUGAAAUGGUAAACCAGAAGAGAAGCACCUUUGGGUGGAUAUGUGGGAGAGGGCAUGUUUGGGGUCCAUCAAGUGCUACACCUCUCAUGGAGGUGGAGUGCAGAAUUCGACUUUACAGGCCACUUAGGUCAGCAGAAGGGACUCAGUAGUAUAGACACUGUGACAGAUCCAGACCAGUGGGGUAUAGGAAUCUGGUAGAGGGCAAAUAUACUGGUCACUGGAUGAGUAGUUUUCUGUUCCCUGAGUGACCAGAGUAGGGGCUGCACUAGAGUAAUCAGGAACCUGCUAGAACCAAUUAAGGCAGACAGGCUGAUUAGAACACCUGCAGCCAAUCAAGGCACCUGGGUUUAAAAAGGAGCUCACUCCAGUCAGGUGAGGGGGAGCUGGAGAAGAGGAAGUGCGUGUGAGGAGCUGGGAGCAAGAGGCGCAAGGAGCUGAGAGUGAGAGGGUGUGCUGCUGGAGGACUAAGGAGUACAAGCAUUAUCAGACACCAGGAGGAAGAUCCUGUGGUGAAGAUAAAAAAGGUGUUUGGAGGAGGCCAUGGGGAAGUACCCCAGGGAGGCGUAGCUGUCAUGCAGCUGUUACAGGAGGCACUAUAGACAGCUGCAGUCCACAGGGCCCUGGGCUGGAACCUGGAGUAGAGGGCAGGCCUGGGUUCCCCCCAAACCUCCCAACUCCUGAUUAGACACAGGAGGAGUUGAUCCAGACUGUGGGGAAGAUCACUGAGGUGAGCAAAUCUGCCAGUAAGCGCAGGACCCACCAAGGUAGAGGAGGAACUUUGUCACAACACAUUAUUAUAUCGUGUUAAUGCAGCUUAUGUUAACCGAAGUUUGUCGUGUAGGCCAGGCUUAGGCUGCUGCACCUCAGCAGAAGUUGUAAGAUGCUAGGAGUGCUCCUGCUGGGUUUGCUUAGGGAGCUAGGACAAAACUGUAACAUGACACACAAUGUUCAGAGCAUAAUUAUUUACAGUACUGAAAGUAGUUUUUUCCUUGAACAUUUCUUAGCUAAUAUUUAAUGUUUGUAAAUAUUUCUUGGUGAUCCUGCAUACAUACCAACUUUAUAGGUUAAAGUAUAAUUUGUCUUGGACAAAAGUUGGAUGUUUAUUGUGAAAAGUACUGUGCAGAAAUGGUCUUUGAUAAGUCUCAUGCUCAAAACAAAACCUUGAAAGAAAAUGGAGGAUCAGACAAGCACUUGUGAACUGAAGGGCCAAGUUCCAGGCUAAUAUCUAAUUAGCAGCAAUGUGCUACAGUGGUGUUCCUCUGUGUAAUAAGAGUGUAUCUUCACUAGCAAUGUUAAAGCGCUGAUGGCAGUGCUUUAACAUGGCUGUGUAGUCGUAACACCAGCACUUGAAGAGCACUCUCCCACUGCUGUAAAAAAAAAUAAAAAAAUCCACCCCCGCAAGGGGAGUAGCUAUUAGCCCUGGAAGCGGGUCUCCCAGCACUGGUACACUGUCUACACUGCCACUUUACAGUGCUGAAAUUUGCAGCGCUCAGGGAGGUGAUUUUUUCACACCCCUGAAUGCGAAAGAUUGCAGCGCUACAAAGUAGCAGUGUAGACAAGGCCUUAGCCUUCAGCAUGGGGGUAACAGGAAGAAAGAAUCUUAAGUUUGCUCAGGCACAUGAAACAUCAAAAGUUGUAGGGUGCUGAAGUUAAGAGAGUCUGAGUGAUGAAGGGUAAGCUAUGGUAUGUAGCAGGUUGUUGGCUAUUGCUGCAGAAGCAUCCUGAGUUGGGGAACUGUCUCCAUCCUCUACCUUUUUUUUUUUUUUAAGCUGUAGCGAUUGGUUAUUUUACUAGAAAGCCAGUUAUUCUAUCUUGCAAUAACUUGAACCAACCUUCCCACUCCAGGAGUGUGAAUGCGUUGCUCUGAGUGCUUCCUUCUGAUGUUGUUAGAGCAACACCAUUCUAGUAACUAUCUAAACCAGGAAUUUGAAGACGAGUCCAGAAAGUUCAAAUGUGAUCUUUUUAAAAAAGAAAGCAUGGUUUCCAGUGUGGCUUUGAGAGAGAGAAAGAAGAAAACUGAUGAGUCUUUUAAAGGAACAUAAUCAAGGAAUUUCAGGAAAUGAGUUAAAAGUGGUACUAUUCCUGCUUCUUAGGCCAUGGCUACACUAGGGAGUUGCAGCGCUGGUGAGGGGGUUACAGCGCUGCAACUUAGGAUGUGGCCACACUUGCAAAGCACGGCCAGCGCUGCAACUUCCUGGUUGCAGCGCUGGCUGUACACCCGGUCGAGCCUCGGGUGUAGGGAUUCCAGCGCUGGUGAUCCAGCGCUGGUCAGCAAGUGUGGACGCCCACCAGCGCUUUUAUUGACCUCUGGGGUAUAAGGAGGUAUCCCAGCAUACCUUUUAAGCCUCUCUGGUAAUCAUGCACACUCCACUGCCCUGGGCUCAGCUGACCCCACCUUUAAAUGCCCCGGGAAUUUUAAAAAUCCCCUUCCUGUUUGCUCAGCCAGGUGUGGAGUGCAAUCAAUCAAUCAGCGACCAUGCCUCCACGCCCCAGACGAGCCCCAGCAUGGAACAGUUCCGAGCUGCAGGACCUCAUCAGUGUUUGGGAUGAGGAAGCUGCGCAAGCACAGCUGCGCUCCAGCCGGAGAAAUUAUGAUAUCUAUGGGCAGAUAUCACAGUCCUUGCUGAGAAGGGGCCAUGAACGGGACGCGUUGCAGUGCAGGGUAAAAAUUAAGGAGCUGCACAGUGCUUACUGCAAAGCCCGUGAGGGAAAUCGCCGCUCAGGAGCUGCCCCCACGACCUGCCGUUUUUACAAGGAGCUGGAUGCCAUACUUGGGUGUGACCCCACUGCCAAUCCUAGGAGCACGGUGGAGAGUUCAGAGCAGGGAGAAGUGGGGGAGGGUGUAGAGGAAGCCAAGAGUCAGGCUGCUGUGGUGGAGGAAGACACCCCGGAGUCCCAGGAGGCAUGCAGCCAGGAGCUCUUCUCAAGCCAGGAGGAGGCUAGCCAGUCGCAGCAGCUGGAAGUUGCUGGUGAGGAAGAAGCUGAGGAGCGUGCUCGGGUGACCUUGACUAAUGCAGCCGGAUCACCGGCCUCACGUCGGUUGCAGAACUUGAGAAAAAAUCCACGAAAAUCAAAAGAGUUGAUCAAAGCAGUUAUGAAUCACUACAACAGAGAAAGUAGGAAGACACAGGAAUGGAGAGAGAAAAUGUAUGAGUGGAGGCAAACACAAAGCAGGAGAAAGGAAUUGGCUACCAAAAAAACCUCAAAGCACAUAAGCCUCCUGGCUCGCCAAACUGACUCUUUCGAGUCUCUCGUAGCCAUGCAGGCAGAUCUGUACCGUGGUAACCCACACCCCUCCCAAAGCUCUCUUUCUUGUUCCCCAGUAUUUGCACAAAACACCUUUCUCCAGCAGCCAGUUUCUUAUUACCCCCAGCUGCCCCCAACACCUGUACGAUCACCUACCAGCCCUGAUAACUACAAUUCUUACCCUGUGCACUCCACCCCCAUUACUCUGCAGCAUAGUGAUCCUGAAGUGCAGCAGACAUUGAACAGUAAUCCAAACAGGACAUAUUCAAACCUCUGAAUGUACAGUCCACCACCCUAACGCCCCUGGCCUUUUAUGUACUGUACUUUGAAUAAAGGAUUUUAUGGCUUUUACAAUACUUUUUAUUAUUGCAGGAAGUGGUAAAUACUGUACCCCAAGGUAGAAAGGAGCACAGCAAAGGCACCAAACAUUACUGUUGGC